AUGUCUGCCAACGGCGACCCCAAAUACGACGACAUCGAGUCCGAAUCUGACUCCGGCGAGUCUGUCGGCCACAACGAGGCUGGCGAUGAGAAGCCCCUCAAGUCGGCUCUCAAGAAGUCCAACCCAGCUAUCGCAGAGCCCGCUGCUCAAAAACCUCCUCUGCCGCCACAAACCGACCCCAAAGAUCUCGAUGUUGCCAGCCUGACCCCUCUGACGCCCGAGAUUAUUGCCCGUCAAGCUACUAUCAACAUUGGCACCAUUGGCCAUGUAGCCCACGGAAAGUCCACCGUCGUCAAGGCUAUCUCGGGUGUCCAGACUGUUCGUUUCAAGAACGAGCUGAUCCGAAACAUUACCAUCAAGUUGGGUUAUGCCAACGCCAAGAUCUACAAGUGCGACAACCAAGCAUGCCCUCGGCCUGGAUGCUACCGCAGUUACAAGAGUGAGAAGGAGGUUGAUCCUCCUUGUGAGCGAGAUGGUUGCGGCGGUACUUACAGGCUAUUGCGACACGUCUCGUUCGUUGAUUGCCCCGGUCACGAUAUUCUCAUGAGCACCAUGUUGUCAGGCGCCGCCGUCAUGGACGCCGCCCUCCUCCUCAUCGCCGGUAACGAAUCUUGCCCUCAGCCCCAGACCUCCGAGCACUUGGCUGCUAUUGAGAUCAUGAAGCUCGACAAGAUUAUCAUUCUCCAGAACAAGGUUGAUCUUAUGCGAGAAGAGGCUGCGCAGCAGCACUACCAAUCCAUCCUCAAGUUCAUCCGAGGAACUGUUGCCGGCAAGUCCCCAGUCAUCCCCAUCUCUGCCCAGCUCAAGUUCAACAUCGAUGCCGUCAACGAGGCCAUUGUCAACACCAUUCCCGUUCCUCCCAGAGACUUCAGCAUAGACCCUCACAUGAUCGUCAUUCGAUCAUUCGACGUCAACAAGCCUGGUUCCGAGAUCGAUGAACUCAAGGGUGGCGUUGCUGGUGGCUCUAUUCUCCACGGUGUCGUCAAGCUUGGUGAUGAGAUCGAGAUCCGACCUGGUAUUGUCUCCCGAGACGAUAGUGGUGCCCUAAAGUGCACUCCCAUUUUCAGUCGAGUCGUCUCGCUUAACUCCGAAGCCAACGACCUCAAGUACGCUGUUCCCGGUGGUCUCAUUGGUGUCGGCACCCGAAUCGACCCUACUCUGUGCCGAGCCGAUCGUCUUGUCGGUUUCGUCUUGGGUCUCAAGGGCCGUCUUCCCGAGAUCUACAGCGAGAUCGAGGUCAACUUCUACCUUCUCCGCCGCCUGCUCGGUGUGAGGACCGCCGAUGGCAAACAAGCCAAGGUUGCUAAGCUCGCUAAGAACGAGGUUAUCAUGGUUAACAUUGGUUCUACCUCUACUGGUGCCAAGGUUGCUGCUAUCAAGAACGAUGCUGCUAAGCUUGUCCUGACCAGCCCCGCCUGUACCAACAUUGGCGAGAAGGUUGCUCUGAGCAGACGUAUUGAGAAGCAUUGGCGUCUUAUUGGUUGGGCUACCAUUGCUGCUGGUGUGACCCUCGAGCCCAGCACUGCUUAG